GCAGGCUCAGAGUCGCGAUGGCACCGCAGCACCAAGCCCCGCCCUCCACCGCUACUGCUCCGUCGGCGCCACCCCUGCCCUCCACGUCUGCAAAUCCGCCAUCAGCAUGCCAGGACGACGUGAGCGUGGAAGGAGGCGGCGGGUGCGGCUCCCCCGGCGCAUGCGCAGGGGAUCAAGCCUUCUCGUCCAAGUGCGCUAUGAGACACAUCCUGGUCCUGAUGGGCUUCCUGGGCAUCGUCAACAUCUACAUGCUUCAGCUGAACCUCCUGGUGGCGCUGCCGGUGAUGGUCAACCACACGGCGCUCGACGGGCAGGAUUACGGCUCGAGUAUGGGCUACCAGCCUGUGCUGAAGGAGCCGUCUAUGGGGUCGCGGGGGAGUGAGCCCACCAACGGCUCAGCCUCCGACGACAGCGCGAGGCCCCCCGGCCGGAACGUCAUCGGCCACGGGGACGUCCUGCGAACCGGAAAAGUUGCCGGCAUCUACCACACGGUCAAGAGCGACGACGUGCCUCCGGAAAUAAGGUAUGGCGAGGCUGCCAUUGAUGACCUGUUAGACGAUAUAAAUGAGACGACAGUUUCCGCCUCCCACGCUGUUCGGGGCGACGAGGCGAUCACCGUCGUCCCUCUCGACACGGACACGCUUAACCCCUCGAGUGAGCCGUUCGCCAGAACCACAGUGCUCGCUGAUGAUUCUAUAGAUUCCAUUAUAGAUGUUAUGCCAAGCGACUUCGCUUCAACAAUUCCUUCUCUGACUACAAGUGAGCAGAAAGAACCUCGUAUGAGGAAGUUUGACGAGCCCGAAGAGGACGUUACCGAGAGUGACAGUGCUUUCGUCACGACAAUAGAAGACGAUGUUUUGCCUUCGCUAAAAGAUCUUCCUUCGACUUCUCCUGAUGGCUUUACCCUGAGGCCUCUCAGUGACGUAAUAACUCCACCUGCACUAGUAAACACUCAAGGAACAACCCAGUCACGCUUGGAGGAAACCACGAGCAUUUCCCCUGAGGAAGUGGCUGUCACCAUCCUAAGUACAUCAGCAGUAACAGCUCCUCAAAUUGAAGUCGCUACCUUGGAAGGCGUCACACCCACGGCCCUCCCCCGACAUAGCACUCCCUUGUCAAAUACCGAAGCAAAGACAACUUCAUCAACUCCAAUCAUCAAAUCUACAACCCCAAUCUCAAACUCUACAACUCCAGCCCCUACUGAGUCUACCAGUGUCACCCAAAACUCUUUUGUCCCAACCAGCGCUGCUAUAGUAACUGCUUCCCUACUCGAUGCUACUUCCACAGUCAGCACUCAGUCUACGAGCCCGCAGUCCAUCAAUGCGCCAGUUACAGUUCCUGCCAAUGAUAUUUCAACCAAUUCCCCCACAACCAAAACCUCAACAACCUCCUCUCAGCUCCCAACAACACAGAUAAAUGCAAGAACUUCAACUGUACUUUCAAAGACGCCCCAGUCCACUACAGCUGAACCGAGUGAUACAACACCAUUCAGCAUUCCUCCUCAGACUACUGCACGUCAAAUGGAUACAACAACUCCAUCUGGAAUUUCUUCAGAGACGCCCAAGACUCCUUCAACAGCUCAAAGUCACAUCAAUACGUCACCAAGCAUUCCUUCUUCGGCAACAACUACAACCGAGAGUGCAACUACAACUUCAUCCAAUACUCCUUCCACUGCUCCAGUUCCCUUAGAGUCUCCUCAAACAACACUACCAUCGCUCUCUUUGGAGUCUCAGCAGACGACUACGACUCAGAGGAGUACUCAAAGUAACACUCCACCUCAGACUAGUUCGGGAACGACUCCCACAACACUAAGUAACCCAGUCACGCCCCAGGUGUCUUCAUCUACUUCGGCCACGACCUUUGAAGACGCGACCACCUCGUCUCCGUCACCGGAUGCGAAGGAAAUAAGCAAGAGAUCGGUCGACGACAAGCACCUCCUCUCCGAGAACAACAGCGACGAAACCCUUCCGGAUAUUUGUACCGACAUCGAGCACUGCCAGCCGGGCAAAGUGCGCGACGAGCCCUCGAAGAAGAAGGCGCCCGAAGAAACGCCGGCGACGCAGGCAGAGGCGGCGACGCUGAUUCCCGAAGAACCUCUGACUCAAGAAGAACCCACGACUCAAAGAGGACCUCUGGAGGGCAUCCAGAACGUCACGGCGGAAGCGGGCGACGGCAACUUCACCUUCACCGACGGCAAUCUCACCCUCGCCGACGGCAACUUCUCCCUUGAUGACAACUUUACCCUUGCCGAUAGCAACUUAACUCUCGUCGACAGUAAUUUCACUCUCGCCGACGACAACACCACCUUCGCCGAUGGCAACUUCACCCUCGCCAACGGUAGGACGACAACUUCACCCUUGCCGACGGCUUCCACUUUGGCCUUGGCGUCGGCAGCCUCUUCAACGUGA